UUUGAACGGCGAGAGUGCUGCUGCUCGCUCUGUCCUUCCCGCCCCCAACCGGCGCCUCCAACGGUUUUGGAACGUUGGCUCUGCGAACGUUCCAGGGGCUCCCAGGGCCCCCUCCCUCUCCUCGGCCGCGCGUGCGCAGAAGGGAGCCAGGACUUGAUGCCAGUGCUUUCCAAGGCUGAGAAAGCAAGCCUUUUCCUUUUGGAGGCACUUUCCCUCCAGCCUUUGGACCUGGCCAGCAUUCAGGGAGUGUGGAGGGAUCCUGUCCAAAAGCAGAGGCCUUGCUCCUGGACGCCUCAAAGAUCGGUGGGAAACGCUCCAAAGGAUGGACAUGGCCUUUUUCUAGGCAACCUCAAGGCUCAGAAACCAAAACAGUAGCAAUCAGAACUGGAGCUUUGGUAAAAGGAUCCAAUGCUAGCUCAAAGUAACAACUCUGGUGUCAAAAUGAACGGAGGCACGGACGUCAGGAAGCCCAUGCGUGCCCGAAAAACCAUGACUCCGAGCAGCCGCAGACAGAUGAAAAUGUUGAACAAAGUGAAGGAACGAGCAGAAAUAGCGCCAAGCGGUGCCUCCAGUCAGGAUAAAGAUCUUAAGAACGCCGACGUCAACCAGUUCCUGAACUCUGGCGCUUUGCAGGACAUACUGUACAGCUGGUAUGAAAAUGAACCCAGUUCCUCGCUGUGCAAACCGGUGGAGGUACACCUGGACGCAAAGCCCAUCGGCUGCACCUUGGACGCUUCAGAGGCACGGCUUUCCGGUUCCCCUCCGGCAGGAGACACCCCUUCCUCAAGCACCGGGAGGAACACCGGAGGGAUGGUUUUGGAACAGGAGAGUACCAACUUUCGCUUUCAUGAGAAAAAUACUACUGCGUUUGUGCCAGACAAUCCUCAGAGGAAGAGAACAUCAGAAGACUCCAAAGGCGCCUUUUGCAAACGCAAGAGAAAAGCAGAGGAAGCCGGAGAGGGUUGCUGGAGAAGCUCACAUCAAAAGCAGACUGGGCUGGGGAAGGUAAGCUGCUUUGGCUGGCAGAUAGCAGGCAGUGGUUGUGACAUGAGGUCCAGUGGCGCUGCUGGCGCAUGCGUUCUCUUGGUGGCUGCACUGAAACCAAAUUGCAGAAGGCUGUUCGCUGUGGGGGCGGCUUGGGUUCUCCAGUUCUUCUCGGCUUGCUUCCCAGCUGAUUGGAAAUGGCGUGGAAAUGACUGUUGUUGGAGUUGUUCCCAUCGGUUUUGCGUAACGCCUCCUUUUUUUGUCUUGAUAGCUUGCCUCAAGCCCUCCUGGGGCUGGGAGAGUCUACAGAUGAAGGGUUUUAUUCAGGAGAAUAUGGCUGCUUCAAUGAGGACCUGGGACCACCAGCUCCAGCAUUUGCACGAGCGGAUCGACCACACGCAGUGCUUCCAGAAGCAUAAUGAAGCAUCCAUCAAAAUUCAGAAAGAUAUAUCCCGCCUCAACAGACGUAUUAACGGGGUGAUAAUGUUACAGAAGAAAGAGCUAUCCUCCAGAGCCAACCUCCCAGGGGUCACUUCACAAAAUAAAAUCUUAAACUGCCCUGCGAUUCAUCCUGGCGAAGAGAGCAGUGGAUUGAGGCCGUCAGAAAAGGGGCCUUCAGAUCCCAGGAAGAUGCCUCCGGAAACCACCAAGGAGAGAACUAAUGACGUCAUUAUCCUGAAUGAAAUGAACAAAAAUCCUGGUGUGGCAGCUGUGAAUCCUCCAGCUGUUCAUCAGGAGGAGAGGGCUGCAAACGCAGAUGCUGCAACUCCAUCCACCUCCAAGCAGCUGAUAAUUGACCUGACGGAUGAAAAAAGCAAUCCGGAGACAGGAAAUGAUGUAGAGAGGGGAGCUGCAAGGACGAGCAAUUCAGCCGCAGACCCUGAACGACAGCCAUCGAAUCAGGCUGAUGACGACCUUUCCCACCUCCCUCCCCUCCCGAAAAGCCGCUUGCACCAGGAGCCAGUGGCUGCAUUCCAGAACACGCUGCCGCCUCUAAAGCUGGACCUUUCGGUGGUUCGGGUCGAGAACCCCAAAGGCAUCGCCCUGAAGUGGAACGUCCAGAAGGCUGACCCCCGCUGUGCUCCCCUGGAGAGCUUCCACCUCUUCCUCUUCCUCAAGGGCAGCCAAUUCCGGAGCUGGCAGGAGACCAACCAGAUCCUUGCCAAGAAGCUCCCCAUGGCCUGCACCUUGAGCAGCUUUCCGGAGUCCUCCAGGUGCUACCUGGCCAUGCGGGCCAAAGACAUUUAUGGGCGCUACGGACCGUUCAGCGACAUCAAGUCGGUUCUUACUCUGUAGUUUCUGUGGACAGAGGGGGGGAUAUCUCUGCGAAUUGCCAACCGUGGACCCUCCAGAUCUUUUGGACUUCGGCUCCCAGAAUCCCUUGCCACACUAGCUGGAGACUUGUGAAUCACCCAAGGUUGAGAACCGAUGCUCUUCCGUAUGCUGGGACAAGGGCAAGGUUCAGUGUUAUUUCUUUUACAGACACCUCCUUAAUGUUACCGUGGGCAAUCUAGUAACUCCUUCUGUACCAGCUGGUGGAUUCUGGAUGUUGCAAUCCUUGGGUGUUAGCACAGAGAAGCUGUCAGGAAAGCUAACUCUGGGGCAAGGUGAGAUGUUGAAAGCCUUCUGCUAUCCACAGUCAUUGCUUCUGUGGUGGCGGCAUGGCUGUCAUAUUUUUCCAUGCUAAGCCAGAAGAAUGGAAGCCAAUUACACCUAGAUUUCUUUUUUGGACUGUUAAAAAUCUCACUAUCUUGCGUGCUGGGAGCCUUCCUUGAAUGUCCAUAAGCUUCCUUUUUGGCUUCUAAGAUCCAAAAGAGACCCACACAUACACACUGAGCCUGCCUUCUCAGCCCUGAAAAGCCUGGCAUCCUAGGGAUUUUAUUUAUUGAUUGAUUGAUUGAUUUAUGUUGCCAUCAUCCCAGCCCUGUAUCUGGACCUCCUCCUGCUUCUCCAUCCAUGGCUUCACUGGCCUCUCCAAUGGGGUAAUUUCCUUACUUCUUUUCCCUUCUGAAUACAGUCCGCCCUCAGUAUCCACAGGGGAUCUGUUUCCAAUCCUCCCUUCCACAGAUAACAAAAUCCACAGAUGCUCAAGUCUCAUUGUCACCAGUGAUGGUGCGCUCCACCAUUGGGGACAGUGGGACUCUCCCUUCCUCUUAGCUUUCACUGGCGGCAGGCAGGUGCCUCCUCUGCCACUGCUUCCUCUUCCUCCUCCUCUGCUGCCGCUUCCUCCUGCCUUCUCCACUGCCACUUCCUCCUCCUCUCACUUCCUGCUGCUGCUGCUUCCUCCUCUUUCUCCCACCUCCUCUGCCGCCACUUCUUCUUCCUCCUCCUCCACCAUUUCCUCAUCUUCCUCCUGCCUCUUCUUCCUCUUCCUCCACUGCUGCUGCCUCACCAUGGGCUUGCAGUCUGUGGCUACUCAAUACUUUGACUGCCGUGGCUUUGUCAUCCUAUGGCAUACUGAGGUUAGUAGUUUGGGGAAGGACUGUCUGGCCAUCUGUAUGAGAAUUCGUAGUACCUCACAAAAUCACAAAUCCCAGGAUUCCAUAGGAUGGAGCCACAGCAAUUAAAGUGCUAUAAAGGUGUUGUGUAAAAGGGCCACUGAACUGUUCACGAAUGAUUGCUCUUAACCGGUUAAAAAUAGAGGGUUCUGCCAGGUGUUGGGUGAGAAGGGGAGGCUUUUGGGGCACUCAGCCAGUGGGCUAAGUCUUCUCUUGGUGGCUCAUACAUGUAACCCAUCAGUUCCUUUCUUCUUGUUGUUGCUGUUGUUAGUAUUGUUACUUACUUAGAUCCUGCCUUUUUCCCAGUAUAGGGACUCAAGGCAGCUACCAACAAACUUAAAACAGUACAUUUGUUAAAUUUCCGGUUCUUCUUCUGCCGUUUCCAGUUCUUCCUCUGCUGUUGCAGAGCUGGUCUUGUGUCCUCCUACCUACUUUCCCAACUGCGUCAAAACUCUUUAAGACAAAAAAAGAAAAGGGGGGGGGGGUUUCCAAAAUUCUAGAGUCCAGAAGUCUGUGGCAUGAUUUAGACUGAAGGUGUGCACCACAAAUUUAGUUUACGUUUGGUGCGGGUGAUGUUUUUCUAAGUUUGAGCCGGUUGGACCCUGAGUGGUGGUUUGUGAGGGAGAGCUCUUCAGUGCAAAGGAGUCCAUUCCCAGCUUCUUCUGACUCCUUCCUCACAGCCCCAAAAUCUUACGGUGUGAGGCUGUCGUCUUCUAUCAGAAGACCUGUGAGAAGGGCUUUGCAGAUGUCUCAGGUGGGAAGAGAUGGAAACAGAGUCAUUUCCCAGGUGGGAACCUGCAGACUGGUUCUCCUGUGACUUGGGCAACCAAGCAAAGGUGGAAGACAGCAUGACUGCAUUCACUUAGCUUCUUUAUCCUGGCAAAUGCCAUGGCGGUUGGGAUGGGUGACCCUUGAGGUCCCUUCUUUGGGAUCCUGUGAUGUCUGGUUGCAACAGGUCUAGUGAGGCUCUUGGUGCGCAAACUGGGGCAGGGUUUUCACUUAGCCUGAGUAUCCUUUGAGCUCGGCGGCGUCUCUCCUCUGAUUGGCCCAUAGUGCUGUCUGUCUCCAGUGGCGGCGUUGGGGUCUUCCUGCGGCCACUUGCAGGACCUGAUCCAUUUAACCCAAGGAUGGAUUGUUAGGAUUCUGUGACGUUGCCAAGACCAGAACCAAAAGGCAAAGGCAAUGUUUUUGUAACUUUUAUUUCCAUAUACACCAUGGGUAUAUAAAAUACAAAGGGACAGAGGCACGGUCGUCGGUAGGGUUAAAGUGAGCAACCUCAAAGAAAGAUCGUCCUCUUUAAAAAAGCAAUCCAGGAUGUCUAGCUGUUCUCUUGGGAUGGAAGCGCAGGUCCUGACAACGUCCGCUUCUUCCGGGCGGAAACACAAAGGGUUGUCCGGCUGAUGGUUUCCUUGUAUUUUGUUUAAAGUAAGAUUUGGCAGGAUUACUGGUUUCAGUUACAAUUUGCUUGUUUUCAUGAAGGGCGCCUCAAAUGGGAGUAUGUAAAUAUAUAUGUAUGUACAAAUAAAAGAUGUGGGGAUUUUUGUAAA